AUGGCUGCUAUAACCACUGCUUUUUUCAUCGUCAUACUCACAUUUUUCCUUGUUAACUCUCAUGCUGCUGAUACAAAACAAGUUUAUGAACAUAUGCAAUUCACUUACUCGGGUGGGACUGGACCGGAAAAGUGGGGAAGCCUAGACCCGAAAUUCAGCAUGUGUGCAAAUGGGAAAUCACAGUCUCCAAUUAACAUUGUGAAAGCUAAAGUUGUAGUUGACAAGAAGUUGAAGCCAUUGAUCAGAGAAUAUAGUUCAGCAAAUGUUACUUUGGUCAAUAAUAAAUUCAAUGUCGCGGUGGUUUACCCUAGCAAUUGUGGAAAGUUGAUUGUGGAUGGCAAGAAGUAUUCCUUGAAGCAAAUGCACUGGCAUUCUCCUUCAGAGCACCGAAUCGAUGGCCAGCAAUUUGCUGCAGAGCUUCAUCUGGUGCACGUAGCCGAUGAUGGCAGCGUUUCAGUUGUGGGCAUCCUUUUCCAGUUAGGACGCCCCGAUCCAGUUAUCGAGAAGAUACAGAACAAAUUAAGUGAAUUGGCAAAGGAGGUUCAUACAAGUAAUGAAGAAGCUCCAGUUACAGUAGGACCUUUCCAUCCCACAGAACUGAGGAAAAAUGGGCACAAGUAUUACAAAUAUGUAGGUUCUUUUACCACUCCUCCAUGCACUGAAAACGUUACAUGGAUCAUCCUUGAAAAGGUGAGGUCAAUGUCGAAGAUACAGGUAGAGGCUCUAAAAGCUCCACUCGACACCGGAUGCAAGAAUAAUAAUAGACCUGUGCAGGAAUGCAACGGACGCCUUGUGGAGCUUUACGAGGAGCAGGUGAACCACGUAUAG